AUGACGAUGAAUGAUGAUUUCAAAGAUGACAGCAAGGAAGACGAUCUCAAAAAAGUGAACAUUGCUGAGCUGAGUAUGAGACGAGUCAUAUCGAUGACGAAGCAGAUCGGUUCCUUCAGGUGCCUACCUCAGGAGGAUCAGAUACAACUGUUGAAGGGCGGAAGUAUUGAGCUGCUCAUAUUGAGAUCUGUUAUCACUUUUGAUAAGGAGAAGAAGCACUUCCUGGAUCCUCUUGAUCCUGAAGAAAGUAGAGCAAUGAAGCUGGAGCAACUGAAAGAAGCCGAACAUGGCACUGGUUUAUUUGAAGACCACAUGAAGUUUAUAUGGUCACUGGUGUUUGACUUGAGGGCGGACGAGACAGUCCUCAUCCUUUUACUCAUCAUGGCUCUCUUCUCCUCGGAUAGGGAAAACCUCAAUGAGAGACUAUACAUCGCCACGCAGCAAGAGAGAUACUGUCAACUAUUGAAGAAGUAUCUAAACUCUCGUUACCCCAUUAGCGUGGCCCGCCAACUCUAUCCCAAACUCAUCCUCAAGUUGACAGAUGUCAGGAGUCUAAACGAGGAGCAUAACCACGUACUUCUUAAGUUGAAUCCACAAGGGAUACAGCCACUUAUGAAGGAGGUUCUCGAUCUUUGUAGGUGA